UUUCAUUUCAUAGCAUUCAUUUUUCCACUUAUUAAACAACAAAAAUUCAAGCUAAUUAAGCCUUUGUGAAGUUUGAACAAUCACAUCAAAUUAAAACAAGAACAAAAACAAAAUUGAGUAUUUUCUCUUGAAUCUUUCUACCAUGAACCACUCUUCAGCAGAUCAUGAUCGGGAUCAGUACCUAAAGAAGCGAAAAUCGAGUGCUGAUUCCUCAUCAAGCAUGAGGAAAUCCAGCGCAAGGAGAAGAUUCAGCAGCAGCAAGAAUUCGAACAACAACGACGGAGGCGGAGGCGGAGGCGUGUCGACGACGCUGAAGCUGUACGACGAUCCAUGGAAAAUAAAGAAGACGUUAACGGACAGCGACCUCGGGAUCCUGAGCAGGCUGUUGCUGGCAGCUGAUUUGGUGAAGAAGCAGAUCCUUCCGAUGCUGGGCGGCGAUCACGCUCGGGCGGCGGAGACGGAAGAAGGAACUCCGGUGAGAGUGUGGGACAUGGACACCAGAUCCAUGCACCACUUGGUCCUGAAGCGUUGGUCAUCUUCCAAAAGCUAUGUUCUUAUUGGAAAAUGGAAUCAAGAUUUCGUCAGAAGACGGGACCUCAAGAAAGGCGAUGAGAUUGGCUUCCACUGGGAUCCCUAUAACUGCGCCUUCAACUUCUGCGUUCUUACACGCGCCUCCUCCUCCUCCUCCACCUGAUCCACCAUGCAAGGGCACUGCGCUGUGCAUUGCU